AUGUUUGACAAUAAUCUUAGCACAUUAAAUAAUACAACACUUGCAUCUGUUACAGUUUUACUGAGGAAAUAUCCAAUAACUUAUUAUUUUGUUCCUUUUUACGCAAUAUUGUUUUUAUUUGGUACAUUUGGUAAUGGCCUGGUAUUUAUAAGCAUGCUUCGAUCAUACCGCCUGCGUACUGUGACUAAUACUUAUUUACUCAAUAUAGCAGUAGCUGACUUCCUCCUUUUGUUAAGUAUACCAUUUCUUAUUGUUACUAUUCUUGCUAAUGGCUGGAUAUUUGGGCAUGUUUUAUGUAAGAUGUAUUACAAUUUUAUUCAUAUUAAUCAGUAUGUGAGUUCAUUAUUAUUGGCUGCUUUAUCAUUUGAUCGAUAUCUUGCUGUUUGCCGUCCGAUUCAAGCAAUUGAAUUUCGAACAAGAACAAAAUGUGUCCUAAUCAUAGGAGGAUGUUGGCUUAUUUCUGUUCUUUUUCUUUGUCCAACAUGGGUAUUUGCAACAGUCACAUCCGAACGAUAUGUUGUUUGGUAUGGAUAUCAAGUACAGAAAUGUGUCAUCGAUUUUCCAUCGAUUUUUUUUACAAUUCCACCAGAACUUGUUUUCACUUAUUAUGCAUUUUUACUUGGCUUUCUUGUUCCUGUAUCGAUGAUAACAACAUUUUAUAUUCUUGUUUUGGUGCGUCUUCAUAAUAUUCGUCGUAAACAUCGAUCUGAGCUAAAAGAACGCUCACAUCGAAAAGUUACACGUGUUGUUUUGGCAGUUAUAACUGCUUAUUUUAUUUGUUGGGUACCAUAUUGGUUUUUACAAAUAUUUAUAACAAUUGAUCCAUUGAUUCAAUCGUUACGUUUAAAUAUUUCUAUCUUACCUGCUAAUAGGAAUAUGCGGUUUCUUAAAGAACUGACACAUUUAACGACAAUUAUUGGUUAUGCUAACAAUUGCCUUAACCCAGUAUUGUAUGUGUUUUUAUCAGAUUCAUUUCGUGAAGAAUAUUUACUUGUUCUAAAUUGUUUUAAUUUUCGCCGAGCAAAUCAUCAAACUAGUAAACCUGAUGACAAUAUUCAAUUAUCCGAACUUAAAUCGACAAAAAAAGAACGAAAAUCAUUUGCUUUAAGAAAACAACGUGAAAUAGCAAUGAAAAAAGUCAAACACAGUGUUGCUAUGGAUGAUAUACCUAUAGAAUAUCGUACAUUUUCAUUUUGUUUUCAUUCUUCAAAUGAUCAAAAUCGUUUUUCUAAUUCAUCGAUCUCAUCACGAGUAGUUCAUAAAACUUCUGUACAUUCGAAUGUUUCUUAUAAAUUACCGCAGUCACAACCGAAGUAUGUUAAUGACCCAUUGAAUCACUCUUCAAGAAAAACGUUCAUACCCAAGAUAACAACAAAUUCUGUUCCUCAAUCAACACCUAUAAUGGAUGAUGGCGGUGUUUAUUGUGGUGAUUAA